UGUCCGAUUGUCUGAAUUAUGUUUUCAAGUGUUCAUCAAAAUGAUUGCCGAAAAUAAAAACAUGAAAUCAUUUUUUCGUUUAUUAAAUGACUAAUGAUUUGACAGAUAUUUGUCCAAAAAGUGAAAAUCUUAUAAUUAGUCAUCAAUUUGAUGACCCAAUUGGUGUCAAACAGCAGAAGUGGUCACUCGAGAGUCGAUUUCAUAAUUAGCGCCAAAACUUAAAUAUUUAAUGACUUAUUGAUUGGUAACCAUAGAGACCACACAAUAAUGUCCACUAAUGACGUGACCAGACAUGUGGUGACUGUUGUGUCCAUCGAUUGGUACAACAAAUUGGCGGUCAAUAGUGUGGACACUCAGACUAUUGGUGUGUUGGCCACUAAAUGACGGCCAUAGUAUCGGCCCGAGAGAGGGCAAAAUCGGCCAAAACGUUGAUCUGUUUGUUGCAAUCAUUGAUUGGCCGCCGAACUCGUAUUGAUUUACGUAACGACAAUCACCUGAUGGGAGUCAUCGACGGCGUCGACUCAUUCAUGAACACCGAACUGUCCGACUGCACGAUUCACGACAUGGAUGGCCAACUCGUCCAGUCGUUUGAUUAUUACUUUGCCAAAGGAUCGCGUAUACGGAUGGUUCACAUUCCCGACGACAUCGAUAUGGUUGCGGCCAUUGAGUGCCAAUUAGAGGUUAUUCAGAGCCGUCGUAAAGCUGUUCAACAAAAUAUGCAACGAAGGACUCAGUCGACAAUCGACAAGAAGUCCAUCGAUGAGGACUAGACUGACCACUAGUUUUAUUAUAUAUAUAUAAACGAA